CAAAGUGACUCUGCAGAUUAUUCAUUCACCUCCGACAGAACAUCAUCGUAGGAAGAGCUUGAAGUGAACAGAUUUUUACAUUACAGUUCUUUGUGUCUUGUGAAAAUGGAGCAUUUGACUGCAGCAAACACACAGUUCUGCCUCGACCUGUUCAAGAAGAUCAGAAAAGAAAACGCAUCAGGAAAUGUGUUCUUCUCUCCUGUCAGCCUCUCCUCGGCUCUGGCCAUGGUGUCGCUCGGUGCAAGAGGAAACACAGCGGAUCAGAUGAAUAAGGUCCUGGGCUUUAACAAUGAACCACCAAUGAUGCAGCAAACCCAGAGUCCUCCGACACCUGCUGAACUCAAGAAAUGUCCAGAGGAAAAACCUGAGGACCAAAUUCAUUCCAGCUUCAACAAGUUCAUGAGUGAGCUGAACAAACCAGGAGUCCCGUAUGCGUUGAGUCUUGCCAACCGCCUCUACGGAGAGCAAUCCUACCAGUUUGUUGAGGAAUUCCUCAAUGACGCAAAAUGCUACUAUGAAGCCGGACUGGAGAAGGUGGACUUCAAGAACAAACCAGAGGCGGCUCACGUCAACAUCAACAAAUGGGUGGAGAAAAAAACACAAGACAAGAUCAGGGACUUGUUGCCAGAGGGAGCCAUCGAUGCGAUGACGAAACUGGUUUUGGUGAACGCCAUCUACUUCAAGGGAAACUGGGAGAAGAAAUUCUCAAAGUUAACCACCAGAGAUGGAGAGUUUAAGCUGAACAAGAAACAAACUAAACCAGUGAAGAUGAUGUAUCAAGAGAAGAGGUUUCCUCUGGCAUCCAUCCCAGAGAUCAAAAGUCAGGUUCUGGAGCUGCCGUAUGACGGGGAGAAUCUCAGUAUGUUGAUCAUCCUUCCUAAUAAGAUAAAAGACAGCACCACUGGCCUUCAAAAGCUUGAAAAGGCACUGACCUACGAGAAGCUCAUGGAGUGGACCAAACCAGAAGUCAUGCCUCAACGAAAGGUUCAGAUAUCUCUGCCCAGAUUCAAGAUGGAGGAAACAUACGACAUGAAGAGUCUUCUGAUCAGCAUGGGAAUGAAGGAUGUGUUUGACGAGAAGAAGGUGAAUCUUUCAGGCAUGUCCUCCAACAACGACCUGGUGCUGUCGGAGGUGAUCCAUAAAGCCUUUGUUGAAGUCAACGAGGAAGGAACCAUAGCGGCUGCAGCCAUCAGCGGCAGAGCGAGGACAGUGUGUUAUGAAAUCCCAAAUGUCUUCAACGCAGACCAUCCUUUCCUUUUCUUCAUCCGACACAAUCCAACCAAGAGCAUUUUGUUUUACGGACGCUUCUGCUCUCCAUGAGGGAGUUCUGCUGCAUGAGACGC